AUGCCUUCCUCAGAUAUAUCCCAACAAUUCGACACAAUCGAAGACACAAUCACCGCCUUCGAAAAUGGCGAAUUCAUAGUCGUCCUCGAUUCGACUUCGCGCGAAAACGAAGGCGACCUAAUAAUAGCCGCCAGCGACAUGACCCCCGAAAAAAUGGCCUUCAUGGUGCGCCACACCUCGGGCCUAAUCUGCACACCCAUCCCGCCCUCCCUAACCACGCAAUUCGCUCUCCCCCAAAUGGUCGAUUCGAACGAGGACCCCAACCGCACCGCCUAUACCAUUAGCAUUGACGCCGACAGCCCCGAAACCAGCACGGGCAUCAGCGCACACGAUCGCGCUCUCACCUGUCGCACGCUCGCGGAUCCCAAAGCCGGGCCAGAAAAUUUGAGGAGACCGGGCCAUGUAUUCCCGUUGCGGGCUAGAGAGGGAGGAGUACGAGAGCGUCCGGGACAUACGGAGGCGGCGGUGGAGUUUUGUAGGUUAGCGGGAAAAUCACCGGUGGGAGUGAUAUGUGAGAUAGUAGAGGAUGGAGAGGAAGUUGUCGGGGAGGCGAUUAGAACGGAGCCGGGCAUGUUGAGGAGAGAUGGGUGUUUAGCUUUUGGAAAGAAAUGGGGUUUGAGAGUUUGUACGAUUGAUGCGCUGGUGGAGUAUGUGGAGUAUGUGGAGGGGAAAUGGGUAAAGAAUGGGGGAGAGCGCAAUGGGAAUGGAGUUUGA